CCAUUCCACUAGUCUCUCUCCCCGUCUUUUCUUUAACCUACUCAACAAAAAUCCCAAUCCCCGCUUUCCCUUUUCCAAUUCAUUCCCCUCUCGAUAAUUCACAAUUUAGAUUCUAGAAACCCAACCCAACCCAACCUGACAUCUUCCUCCCCCGUUUUUUGGUUUUCUUCGUCCUCACCCACCAAUGUCCAAAUCCCUCCCUUCUUCCCCUCCGAUCCCAAAACGGCAACCCCCUCCCACCAAAACGACACCGCUCUGAUUCCUCCUCCACCGUCUUCUUUUGCAUGCUAUCAUUAUCAUUAUUAUUAUUAGUAUUAUAGUUAUCUGCUCACUCGCUACACUCCUAUUCAUCAUCGUUAUCAUCAAAUCCGACCCUUUCCAUGACCACCAACACCGCAUUCAAAGCCAAUAAAAAAUAGAUAAACAAAUUGAAAAAGAAAAGGCGUUGACUUUUUUUUUAGGGUUUGGUGGUGAAGAAGAAAAUGGAGCAAGCGGUUGUGGACGACAUAAUAAACCGAUUGCUGGAAGUUCGGGGGAGGCCGGGGAAGCAGGUGCAGCUCUCGGAAUCGGAGAUCAAGCAGCUGUGUGCCGCUUCCAGAGAGAUUUUCUUGCAGCAGCCCAAUUUGUUGGAGCUUGAAGCCCCCAUUAAGAUUUGCGGUGAUGUACAUGGUCAAUAUUCUGAUCUUUUAAGGCUUUUUGAGUAUGGUGGAUUACCACCUGAGGCCAACUACUUGUUUUUGGGUGAUUAUGUAGAUCGAGGGAAGCAGAGUUUAGAAACAAUUUGCCUUCUCCUUGCUUAUAAGAUAAAAUAUCCUGAGAACUUUUUCCUUUUGAGGGGGAAUCAUGAAUGUGCUUCUAUAAACCGUAUAUAUGGAUUUUAUGAUGAGUGUAAAAGAAGGUUCAAUGUAAGGUUAUGGAGGACAUUUACAGAAUGCUUCAAUUGCCUGCCUGUGGCAGCUCUCAUUGAUGAAAAAAUUUUGUGCAUGCAUGGGGGACUUUCUCCUGACUUAAACAAUUUGGAUCAGAUUAGAAAUCUUCAGCGGCCAACUGAUGUACCAGAUACGGGUUUGCUAUGCGAUCUCCUAUGGUCAGAUCCAAGCAAAGAAGUUCAAGGUUGGGGAAUGAAUGAUAGGGGAGUUUCAUAUACAUUUGGUGCAGAUAAGGUCUCCGAGUUUCUUCAGAAACAUGAUUUGGAUCUUAUUUGUCGUGCUCAUCAGGUGGUGGAGGAUGGAUAUGAGUUCUUUGCUAACCGACAGCUUGUAACAAUAUUUUCAGCACCUAAUUAUUGCGGGGAAUUUGACAAUGCUGGCGCUAUGAUGAGUGUUGAUGAAACUCUAAUGUGCUCUUUCCAAAUAUUAAAGCCUGCUGAUAGAAAAGGAAAGCUCAAUUUCGGAAGUACAACGACUGCUAAGCCAGGAAACUCUCCAGCUGGUGUGAAGUCCUUCCUAGGUACAAAAGUAUGAAGCAAAUUUUGGCGAAAAAAGGGGUUGCUGAUGCAUGAAGUCAGUGUGGUCACGAAGCUGUCAUAGUUGGCUGCCACAACAGGGUCAGCUUGGUCAAAGAAGAUGCAGUAGUUGCAAGAAAAAGGAUAGUUGAGUACCAUUUGGUCGUCUAUGAUAUUUGGGAAUUGUAAAAAAAAAAAAAAAUAAUAGAAACAUCAUCAUCCUCAUGAACUACUAUGUAGACCAUUGUUUUUCUAACUGGUACAAAAAUUUGCAUCGAGUCCUUUGUUUUCAUUGUA